AUGCAAAAUAGCCCGGCGAGACCCAGCCUUGGCCAGUCCAGCGGUUCUCAUACCAACGGCCUUGAGGACCACCUACGAAACCUGAUUCUCACAAACGGAACCCCAGGAAAUGGCCCAGCUCACUUUCCCGACACCCCGCGGACGACCGCGCCUAUCGUUGGCGAUGGCUCUAUGAGUGGCUCGGAUGGCUUUCUCUCCCAAGAUCCAGCUGGUGUUGCAACAUCCGUCAAUGGCAAGCCUCCGGCCUCACCCAAGGUUGCCAGAAAGCGCCCAAACCAGGCCCAAAGGCGCCAGAUGAACGCCCAGCUGUCCAUUCCGAUCGAUCCUCGCCCGUCGCCACCCACGCAACAUGGACGCCCAUUCUCAGCAUCUCCUAACAAUCCCUCCCACAAUCCUGGUUUCUAUCCCAACAGAGGCAGGUACCAACAUCAUCCUGGCCCCCAUCAUGGUCCCCAUCAUGGUCCCGGGCAAGUGGUCGGCCCCUACAGCCAUGGCCAACCUCACUCGCCCAGACAAAAUGGACAUCACCCUUCCGUACAUUCUGACGCAUCCCGGAACCAUCACGAUCAGCACCCGAAUGGUCGGCAUGACAAUGGUGCGCCGCGCUAUCCGCGGAACACCCAUGGCACGCUCUACAGUCCUCGUGGUCAACACCACCAGGUGCGGCCUGAAGAGUUGGAGAACCAAGCGGCCUACCUUGAGGGACUUUGCAACACGCUUGUGGCUGGCGCCGAGAUUGAGCGAGGUGAGAUUGCCGAAAAGGAGGCCUUCCGCACCAAGAUUGAGCAGGUCUGUCGUGCUGCAAUCACCGAGUAUGAGGUUACUCAAAAUAGCCUUGUCAACUUCCCUUCGCCAUCUGUGCAACUGAAAUGCUUUGGAAGUCUGUCUUCAGGCUUUGCGACCAAGGCAUCGGACAUGGAUCUCGGUUUGGUUUCCCCCCUUUCACUGCCUCAGCCGGAUGCUGCGGGCUCUCCCAUCCCCCGACUCAUCGAGAAAGCGUUCCUUGAACUUGGCCUCGGUGCUCGCCUCCUCACUCGAACAAGAGUCCCCAUCAUCAAGCUUUGCGAGAAACCACCCGAAAAGUUGCUAGUGGAUUUGCUAGAAGAGCGCGAGAAGUGGGAAAAGGGCAUCGUGGACAACGACCACGCAGACGCCGCGGACGAAGACGAGAAUGCCGAAAUGGAGUAUCUUGUAAAGGAAGGAACCGGUGACCCGACAGACGAUCUUUCUGGCCAGAAGGCUGAUCGUUCCUUGCCCACUGGUUCUUCGAACGAGCCUGCGCUGCCGGCCAUUCGCCAGCCCGAGAACCAGUCACUUUCCGCUUACUAUAAUGUGGCAAAGCGGAUUCUAAGGAAGAUGGGAGGUCGGGAUAUCACACUUUCCAACUGCCGAGAGCUUGUCGAGGAGGACUACAUCAUGCUCAACAAGGUCUGUGAAGCCUUUCUCAAGGGCCUUCGUGACCCCGAGCUGAAGCGCAGACUCUCGGACUACCUCUCCCUGUCGUUUAAGCCGCUUCCGAAUGGUCCGAACUACCGAUCUCUGGCUGGUGUCUUCGCGCAGAUGGAAGGAGAAAGAAUCGUCAUGCUGUGCGAAUCAGACUCCGCCAUUGGAAGCGUCGAGGACGCCGAGGAGUCAGCCCGGAUGUUGAUUGUAUCUUGGAAGAACCUUCAGAACCAGCCUCAUUUCGGAAUCGAGCCCCUCGCGUACACGAAGCAACUCCAGCUACACCUUGAGAAACUUAAAAAGCUCCCUACUGCGCAGCUUCUCACCCUCGAGCAGAAUCAGCAUGAGGCCGCCACCGGGUACCACGCGAGGACUCUGAAGAUCCUGUCAAACCUCCGGCCCCGCAACGACAGCGAUGCAGAGGCUGCAAAACAGUUCAUCAUCGACAAAUACACUGCUGGCGUCUGGCCCAGCACCGUCCGUGCUCAGGUCCGCGAGUUCGUCGACAGCACCAACGGAGCACUCAGUCUUGUCGCCGUUGCGCGUCGUCACAAGAGCCUACAGCUCGCCCUCGAGCUAGAGAAGGCCGUAGAACACCGACUGUACGACACGAGUCUCGAGAGUGACAUAAGAAAAUACAUUUCGAUUCUUCGGGGUCCCAUGCGGGAGAGCAUUGUUCAUGACCCUCAGUACGACUACGUCGUCCCUGUUACGAAGCACAAUAUAGAGACCAUCAAGCGCAUGCGAGGCCUCAGGGACCCGGCCAAGAUGGCUGUCAACCAGCCACGCGACCCCUACAAGGACAAGCUCGAGUUCCCCAAGAGCGGUGUCGGCGUUCAGUGCGAUAUCAACUUCGCCGCCCACCUCGCGCUGCACAAUACCCUCUUACUGCGCUGCUACUCCCACAGCGACCCCCGUGUCCGGCCCCUGGUUCUGUUCAUCAAACAUUGGGCCAAGGUCCGUGGCAUCAACACGCCUUAUCGCGGGACACUCAGCAGUUACGGUUACGUCUUGAUGAUGUUGCACUACCUCGUCAACGUCGUCCAGCCCUUUGUCUGCCCGAACCUCCAAGCUCUUGGACCCCCACCACCGCCCGAGGGUAUGUUGCCCACCGGUCUCGAUGAGACUAUCAUGUGUCGGGGCCACUUCGUCGGCUUCUGGCGUGACGAGGCAGAGAUUUUGCGUCUGGCCCAGAUGAACCAGCUCAACGGGAAUCGUGACUCCCUCGGCCAGCUUCUCCGCGGCUUCUUCGAGUACUACGCGCAGAACGGCUCCAUGAGCACUUAUCCGGGCCGAGGCUAUGACUGGGGACGCGACGUCCUCAGCAUCCGCACUCCCGGCGGCUUGCUCUCCAAGACGGAUAAGGGCUGGACGGGCGCGAAGACGGUCAUCGAGUACCGUCCAAACGCCGCCGUGAACUCCCCGAGCACCGACACUCCGCCUCCCGCGCCGCACAUGGCUCUGAAAUCGUCCGCUGACCCGACCGCAACGACGGAAGGCGCCACCGGCCACGAGGUCGCAUCGCCCGGCCUCGGCAAGGCCGCUACGAAUUCGGCGGCAACGCAUAAGAAUGGCGAGGUCAAGGAGGUGCGACACCGCUACCUCUUCGCCAUCGAGGACCCCUUCGAGCUCGACCACAACGUCGCCCGCACCGUUACACACAACGGCAUCGUCGCCAUCCGCGACGAGUUCCGGCGUGCGUGGCGCAUCAUCAAAGCCGCGGGAUUGGGCAAUUUCAACGAAGAGUUGCUCCAGGACGUAGCUGCUGUCAAGGAGGAGGGUGAGAAGAGCACCUAUCUACAGCUGCUGGAUGAGAUUCAUGGAUGGGAACUGUUUGAGUAG